GUGGUCGCUGGUCACCAGCGCCGCCGGCCCCUCCCGCCCUGUUCUCUUUCUGGUCGGGCUGGGCCCGAGUGGUUCCACGAGCGCCCGCCCGGCAGAGACUGAGGGAGAGAGAGAGAAAGAGGAGGGGAGGAGAAUUCAGGGCAUGGGAGCUGGGGAGCCCUUCUGCGCCACAGACUCUCAUGUGAUGCAGAAAUUGAGCAGUAGCAAGCUUUUGUGCAGUGAGAUCAUGUGAUGCUGGUAUUGAUGCAGUGCUGCCUUUGAUCUUGGAGCUCUCUAAUUCUCUCUCUACACUGACUUGUUAUGUUAAAUGCAUCCUUCAGGGGAGUGGCAUUUUAAAAGAGGAGGCCUAUGGAGGCCAUCGGUGACUACAUAGUGACUAGAAAACCAAUGUGAAAUUUGCACAGAGAGAAAAUUUCCAAAGACUUGAAGAUAGGAAAACUAUCAGAGAGGCUGUAGCACUAUUAUACGUAUUUGCUGUUUUUCUAGAAGUUCAGUUGAAGGAAAACUCAGCUGAUAUCUGUACCUUGAUCCUUCUUUACUUCCUGUUUGCCAGCUAUAAGGAGAGCAUGCAUUUUCACAAGUCAGUCAACUUUGUGGGUCAAUAAGGUACUCCUGGAAGGUGGUCACUUUUGAUGAAACUGUCCUGUUCCAACAAUGUAUCAUUCCUUGUCUGAAGCUAGACAUCCUCUUCAAUCAGAAGAACAAGAAGUGGGCGUCGACCCCUUGUCCAGUUACUCAAACAAGUCUGGAGGAGAUUCAAAUAAAAAUGGAAGAAGAGCAAGUUCUACUUUAGAUUCUGAUGGGACUUUUAAUUCCUAUAGGAAAGAAUGGGAAGAACUAUUUGUAAACAACAAUUACUUGGCAACAAUAAGGCAGAAGGGGAUUAAUGGGCAGCUGAGAAGCAGCAGGUUCCGCAGCAUUUGCUGGAAGCUAUUUCUUUGUGUCCUUCCUCAAGAUAAAAGUCAAUGGAUAAGUAGAAUUAAAGAAUUAAGAGCUUGGUAUAGCAACAUUAAAGAAAUACACAUCACAAACCCAAGGAAGGUUGUUGGCCAGCAAGAUUUGAUGAUCAACAAUCCCCUUUCACAGGAUGAAGGGAGUCUUUGGAACAAAUUCUUCCAAGAUAAAGAACUUCGAUCGAUGAUUGAACAAGAUGUCAGAAGAACGUUUCCUGAAAUGCAGUUUUUCCAACAAGAAAAUGUGAGAAAAAUUCUUACAGAUGUUCUUUUCUGUUAUGCUAGAGAAAACGAGCAGUUGCUUUAUAAACAGGGCAUGCAUGAGCUCUUGGCACCUCUCAUCUUCAUCCUCCACUGUGACCACCAGGCUUUUCUUCAUGCCAGUGAGUCUGCACAACCCAGUGAGGAAAUGAAAGCUCUCUUGAAUCCUGAGUAUCUGGAACAUGAUGCCUAUGCAAUGUUCUCACAACUUAUGGAAACUGCUGAGCCUUGGUUUUCUACUUUUGAGCAUGAUGGUCAAAAGGGGAAAGAAACACUGAUGCCCCCCAUCCCCUUUGCUAGACCACAGGAUUUAGGGCCAACAAUUGCUAUUGUUACUAAAGUCAACCAGAUCCAGGAUCAUCUUCUGAAAAAGCAUGAUAUUGAGCUUUAUAUGCAUUUGAACAGACUAGAAAUCGCACCACAGAUAUAUGGAUUACGGUGGGUCCGGCUGCUGUUUGGCCGAGAGUUCCCCCUGCAGGAUCUCCUGGUGGUCUGGGAUGCCUUGUUUGCAGAUGGCCUCAGCCUGAGUUUAGUGGAUUAUAUUUUCAUAGCCAUGUUACUCUAUAUCCGAGAUGCUUUGAUCUCUAGCAACUAUCAGACCUGUCUCGGCCUUCUGAUGCAUUACCCAAUCAUUGGGGAUGUACAUUCACUGAUUCUUAAGGCUCUCUUCCUUCGAGAUCCAAAGAGAAAUCCAAGACCAGUGACUUAUCAAUUUCAUCCAAAUUUAGAUUAUUACAAAGCACGGGGAGCAGAUCUCAUGAACAAAAGCCGGACUAAUACCAAAGGCGCUCCCCUGAAUAUAAAUAAGGUCUCUAAUAGCCUGAUUAAUUUUGGAAGAAAGUUGAUUUCUCCAGCAAUGGCCCCAGGCAGUGCGGGUGGCCCUGUGCCUGGGGGCAGUAAUGGCAGCUCCUCCACAGCUGUGGUUCCCACCAAGACCUCAGCAGAGGCCCCCAGGCACCCUUUGCAACAGCAGCAGCAACAGCAGCAGAGGCUGAUGAAAUCGGAAAGCAUGCCAGUGCAGCUGAACAAAGGCGAUGUAGUUACAGGAAGCGAUGCUCAGGUUUCUGUUCCUGUCCAGACUCUAACUGACCUCCAAGGACAGAGUUCUAAAAACAUCAGCUCAUCUCCAAGCAUUGAAAGUUUGCCUGGAGGAAGGGAAUUCACGGGCUCCCCACCUUCAUCAGCUACUAAAAAGGAUUCCUUUUUUAGCAACAUCUCCCGUUCCCGCUCACACAGCAAAACUAUGGGCAGAAAAGAAUCUGAAGAAGAAUUAGAAGCCCAAAUUUCUUUCCUUCAAGGGCAGUUGAAUGACCUGGAUGCCAUGUGCAAAUACUGCGCAAAGGUGAUGGACACACAUCUGGGAAAUAUUCAAGGUGUGAUACUACAAGAAAAUUUGGAAAAAGAAGAUCAAAUUCUGGUUUCUCUGGCAGGAUUAAAACAGAUCAAAGACAUUCUAAAAGGUUCCCUGCGUUUCAACCAGAGCCAGCUGGAAGCCGAGGAGAACGAGCAGAUCACCAUCGCGGACGACCACUACUGCUCCAGUGGCCAGGGCCAGAGCGGCCAGGUGCCCAGGGCCUCCGCUCAGGCCUCCACAGAAAUGCCAGGGCACACAGACGGAGGGAGCUCGGACGACUUCAUCCUGGUUUCCAAAGAAGAUGAUGGGGGCACUGCUGGGGCACCGUUCUCCGGGCAGGCUCAGCCUCUUCGCACCCUCAGAAGCACAUCCAGGAAAAGCGAGGCCCUGGCCCGCUCCCCACUGGUGUUUUCUGACCCGCUGAUGGGCCCUGCCUCGGCUUCCUCCAGCAACCCCAGCUCCAGUCCUGACGACGACAGCAGCAACCACAGCAAGGACUCCGGCUUCACCAUUGUGAGCCCCCUGGACAUCUGACCACAGUGCCCCAGUCCUGCGCCCAGGGGCCUUGCCACCCCUCUCAGCAGGCCCCAAGGCCCGGCUGAGGCUCCCCAGUGGAGGCCCUUCUGAAACCAACACUUCUUUCCCGGCGUGCAUGUGGCAUUGGGGCAGCCAUUGGACCCCAUUAGAGAGAGGCAAAUGGGGCCACUGAGCACACAGACUGGUGUUCGUUGGGCCCUUACUGACCCCCACCUACCCUUGCUCUGAGUUAGAGCUGGUUAAUAUUGAGCAUCACGCUCACUGUCAGAAAAACACAACCACAAUUAGAAUCGCUUUCCUCUGUCCGUGCCUCCCCAACUAAGGUGUGGCAACUCCAUCAAUAGCAUCUAGAAGAAAGAAGAGUUGGUUUCAAAUCUCACCUCCCUCAGAACAUCAGGCGUAGGAAAAUUAAUUGAUAUCAAGAAAAACCUUCAUUUCUGGAAAUCUGUAUCUCAACCUUGGGAAGCCAUAUCGCAGAGCCCAAUGCACUAGAAAGAACUAGACCUAGUGGAUUCCAGAACUAGUGGAAACACAGUACUGACCUCUGAGAAAGUUGUAACGGUCUCUAGAAGCAGGGCCUAAACCUAGGAAUCACAGUUCUGUGUGAUGAGUUUAGAUUUCAUUUGUUAAAGAACAAAUCUCCUCACCUCAUACCGGACAGACUGCUCCACACUGUCCCUCCUAAAACAACUGUUGCUCACCUUUUAGAAUCUUUUACAGCCAGAAAAACAAGGUCACUCUAAGCCAAUCUUUGCUGCACUGAUUUCAAAAGUUAUAAGAAUGUUACUUCUUGAAUUGGGAAGUGUGACCUCCACUUUAUGGGGUAAAUAUCUUUCAGACAGUGGGUGUUCUGGUAAGGUUGCUGUAGCUUGGGGACUGUAUUUACCAUCAACUGAGGAAGAAAGAGAAAACCCAAGUUCAUUCCCAUUCAGAGUCAGAAUCCGCCCCCCACCCUUGGCCUCAAGGUGGCAGUAACAGGAAAUUAAACCUGGAGUCUCUUCUCGGGGAGCUGGGCUCCUGAGAGAACAUUCCAGAUGUCGGGAGGCUGCAGGAUUUCUACACAGCCCUUGCCUGGCUGGAGCUACGAGCAGGAGCCGCAGGGCCUGGCUCCGUUGUUGCAGCCCAGGCACCACUGCCAGGGCAGGUCCCAGUCUGACAUGUGGUGCUUUCCUGGGCUGCAGCACAGAGAGCUCCCCCACGCCCCAUUUCCUCCCUUCAGGAGGACAGUCCUGAAAAGGACCUUUUCCUUCCCUUUGCCUGAGCAAGAAUUCUAGUGGGUGCCGGUUCUGUGGCCUCUCCGCUGAGGAUGGCGAGGCCUCUGGGCCACGGGAGCUUUCAUGGCAGCAGGUGACAAACAAAGGAGGAAGAAACAUAGAGGGUUUGCCUGCCCCUCCCCCUGCCAGCCUCUCCCCCUGCCUGCCUCUCCCCCUGCCUGCCCC